CAACCCCCGGACAGGAAGCGAGCGUCGGGGUGCGCGGGGCGGAGUGGGGGAAGAGAGGGAGGGAGGGGGGGAGGGAUUUAAAUAAAUUAUGUCGCAGUUGACGAACUACUUCUUUCGGUGUUAGACUGAUUCUUGUGUUUUGGCACAGGAUCAGGUUUUCGAAAGGGCAGAUUUACAAAGCUUUCAGGAGUGCAGAAUUUACUGAGAAUGGCGAAUCUUGCAGAACUGAAGAUUGGCAAAAAGCUGAAUGAGGGAAAAACCAAAGAGGUGUAUGAACUACUGGAUUCUCCAGGACAAGUAUGGAUUAAAUCAAAGGAUCAGAUUACAGCUGGCAAUGCAGCCAGGAAAGAUCAGAUGGUCGGCAAGGCUGCUUUGUCCACAAAGACCACAAUUAGUAUUUUCAAAUUGCUUCAAGAAGCUGGCAUCAAGACUGCCCUUGAGAAGCAACAUGGAGAUACUGCAUUUAUUGCAGCUCACUGUGAAAUGAUUCCUAUAGAAUGGGUUUGUAGAAGAAUUGCCACUGGCUCAUUUCUGAAGAGAAAUCCUGGUGUAAAAGAGGGUUACAAGUUCUGUCCUCCCAAACUGGAGAUGUUCUUUAAGGAUGAUGCUAAUAAUGAUCCACAAUGGUCUGAAGAGCAGCUGCUUCAGGCUCAGUUUUAUUGUGGUGGUCUGCUAAUUGAGCGAUGUGAAAUGGACAUCAUGAAUCGUACCACAUUGGCUGUGUUUGAGAUACUGGAGAAGGCUUGGGCCACUCAGGAUUGCACAUUGGUGGAUAUGAAAGUGGAGUUUGGGGUCUGUGUUUCUACCAAAGAGAUUUUACUUGCUGAUGUCAUUGAUAAUGAUUCUUGGAGAUUAUGGCCUUCUGGGGACCGAAGCCUGCAAAAGGAUAAGCAGGUAUAUCGUGAUCUUAAAGAAGUGACUCCUGAAGCUCUGCAGAUGGUCAAACAGAACUUUGAAUGGGUGGCAGAAAGAGUACAGACCUUGCUAGUAACCAAAGCUUCUGGAAGAGUGGUGGUGAUUAUGGGAUCUACAAGUGACCUUGGCCAUAGUCAAAAAAUAAAGCAAGCAUGUGGAAAUUAUGGUAUACCAUGUGAAUUACGGGUUUCAUCUGCUCACAAGGGUCCAGAUGAAACUCUUCGAAUUAAAGCGGAGUAUGAAGGUGAUUAUAUUCCUACUGUGUUUGUGGCUGUUGCUGGUAGGAGUAAUGGCUUGGGACCAGUACUGUCAGGAAACACUACCUACCCUGUAAUAAACUGUCCUCCCCUCUCUGCUGACUGGGGAGCUGAAGAUAUCUGGUCAUCACUCCGAAUGCCUAGUGGUCUUGGCUGUUCCACUGUUCUGUUUCCUGAAGCAGCAGCACUUUUUGCUGCUCAGAUCUUUGCUCAGUCCAAUCACUUGGUGUGGGCAAAACUGCGAGCAAAUAUGUUAAACACCUGGGUUUCUCUGAAGAAAGCUGACAAGCAGACGAGAGCCAACGAUCAAAAGUAUUCCUUCUGAGAUGAAUGAUCAUUGAUCACAUUCAACACACUGUAUGUGCAGGAGCAAUAUACUACUUAAAAUGUUUGAAUUCAAAACCCAAUGUGACUAUUUGUUAGUUUAGAUACUCUUCAGCAUAGUGAUCGGUUUCUGCAUGUGUCAGACACCUGGCUGCCCCCCCUAUCCCCCCAAAAUACUGCUUAUAACCAAUGAAGUAUCUGGUAUUUGUGAUUAACCUGUUAAGUCUUCAAUGAUGUGGUAGGGCAAAUGACUGUUAUAGAAUCAUUUAAGCACUCAAUGAAAAUCUGUAACUGAAUUAACUAUUUGUAACUAAUAAAUUCUAGGAGAUCAUGCAUCUCGAUGUUGAGCUGCACUGGCACCCAAGGUAGUUGUGUGAGUUCUUCUGGUCUAGGUACCAAGCCACAGUUUGACUGUUUAGAGAAUUUAAAAUCUCCUUUAUGGUCAAGCCAAUACUUAUGUUGCAUUCCUUAAACUUAGCAUUGUCAUAUCUGUGGUACUGGUUUUGAGCUAAAGUAAUCUGAAGUGAGAAUUUCAUUGUUAAACAUUUUUGGAAGUUUGAAAUUACUCAGAUUAUUCAUUCAAUGUUAAGCUUUUCAUCAUGUUCCAUUGUAUUGCAUCUGCAGUUGAUAUUAAAGGAUGUAUCCUAACAAG